AUGGAUGCCCCGAUUUCUCCCAUCACCCACCUCUUACCUCAACCCGAUCUUUAUCUUCACACUUCCAGUGGGACACGCAUUCCAGUCCACGCAAGCAUUUUGGCUUCGGCGUCACCUGUUCUAGAGAACGUCAUAAUGUCCAACAGAAUCGUUAAAAUCAACGGCGUUCCACACGACGCCGUCACCGCAUUCUUGAGCUUCCUCUACUCCUCCAGGUGCAGCGAGGAGGAGAUGGACAAUCACGGAAUGCACCUUCUUGCACUAUCGCACGUGUAUUUGGUGCGGCAGCUGAAGCAGAGUUGCAUCAAGGGGCUGGCACAACGCGUGACCACAGAGAACGUGGUGGACGUGUUGCAACUGGCGAGACUCUGCGAUGCACCGGAUCUCUACCUCAAGUGCGUCAAGCUUCUAAUCAAUAAUUUCAAAACCGUGGAGCAAACAGAGGGUUGGAAAUUCUUGCAGAAACAUGACCCCUGGCUCGAGCUCGACGUUCUUCGCUUCAUGGACGAACAAGAAUCGAGGAAGAAGAAAUCAAAGAGGCGAAGGGAGGAGCAGAGGUUGUAUGUGCAGCUGAGCGAGGCCAUGGAUUGUUUGGAACACAUAUGCACGGAAGGGUGCACCCACGUGGGUCCAUACGAUGUUGAACUUAAGCAAGAGAAGAGACCCUGUUCCAAAUUCUCCACGUGUCAAGGUCUGCAAGUGUUGAUUCGACACGUGGCAACUUGUAAGAGCAGGCUCAACCGAGGUUGCUUGCGGUGUAAGCGCAUGUGGCAACUCUUCAGACUCCACUCCUCCAUUUGCCUUCACCAAGAUUCCUGCAAGGUUCCUCUUUGCAGGCAAAUUCAAUUGAAAAUGCAGCAAGAAAACAGGAAAGAUGAUGCAAAGUGGAAAGUACUAGUGAGGAAGGUGGCCACGGCCAAAGCCAUGUCUUCCUUGGCAAUGCCGAAAAGGAACAAGGAAAGAGAGUUGCGACUAGGAAAGGGGGGAGAGGGGAUGACUCUGGUGUCUGCAUUUUUUUUAUUCUCAAAGAGAUUACGAUGA